AUGAUCUUAAGGAUAUUGGAUUCCUUCAAAUUUUCUUGGGUUUUAGCCUUUCUGAUCAUUUUCACAACCCCCAUUGUCAAAAGCCAAAUCCAAGGCUGCUCUAUUGAUGCUAUAGAACUUGAGCAUUGCUUGAAUCAAGGUGAUAGAUCCAGUUUCACAGAUGAAUGCUGCAUUGCCCUUAAACGAGUCGUAAAAGGCGGUUAUAACUGCUUGUGUUUGCUGGUAUCAUCUUCUGCUGUUCCUCUCUUGAACACUCCCAUUUCGUUCCCGUUAUCGACCUGCUUCAUGGUUGUUCCUCCACUGAGUCAAUGUCGCGUUUUUGCACCGAUGCCGGUGGUUCUUCCACCGGAUAUUCCAAAGGAGGCUAAACAACCUUCCUCUCCGGCAGAUGUGAUUGUGCCUCCAUCCCCACCUGAAAUGCAGAUUUCUUCAAACUGGACUGAGGACAGUAACUCAACAGUGGAUCGGCAUCCAGAUUUGGCUCCAAAUUCUGUUCCAAGACUGUGCAUUGAAGAGUGAAAACCAGACAUCAAAUGCCACAGAGGAGAAGGAGAGAUUGCUUCUAUGUUUAAGUUUGUUCUUGUCAAUAGCUUUUCAUGCUGGUGUCUUAUUAUUAGCCGAGUCCUCCAUACUUCUCUUAGAUUACAUGAUUUUGUGAAAUCAAGUUUUACAUUCAA